CAAAAACAACGACAGUUACGCGGGUAGCUUUCGGGAUUCGAAAUGGCUCAAACCUGACGAUCAUGCAUCGACCAUCAUUUUUCAUAGAAUUUGCCAAGGCAUGAAAGAGGAAAGGCGACAAUGAUGAACAUGAUGAUGCUCCAACAACGCCCCACGAGGCACAGCCUACUAACUGUACUCUUUCUGACUAGUCUGUUUCCCCAAGUCACCAAUGCCGACAGUACGAUGGGUUUUCUGUACGACAACGUGGCGGAAUGCAGUAGCUCCGUGGUGACCAUGGACAGUCUGGCCUUUGAUUGCGACACUUCCACGGGAUGUACCACGCAUGACGAAAUCACAAUCACCGGACAGUUCACGACGACUCUUCCCAUUCCGGACGAAGUGAACCUGAAGAUCCAGCUGUGUAAAUUUUGGGGUUCCAUGUGCACUCCCAUCUUGUUGGAUCAGGACAUUGACAUUUGUAACCUCUUUACGUCCAGCAAUGAGAGUGGUGGGGACGACGAGUACUACUGUGCGUCUGCGGGAAGCUAUCCCUUCCAAGAGACCUUUAGCCUCCCGGAUUGGUCCUUGGACAAUUACGCCGUGAAUGGGUUUGGGUUUCGUAUCUACGUGACGGCCAAUGACGAAUUCAAUUGUCACGCCCAAUUCACCACGGUUCGUUCCAACGAUACCACUACCACCACCGUGUCCAUCUUGGGUAUCGUCUUUGUCCUGGUAUCCUUCCUGUCGGUCUACCAUACGAGGAGAAGAAACAAAAAGAAUCGAACCUUGAUGACGCGACAAGAUUUGGAAGGCAAUCAUCAUCAUCAUGACAAUGGCGACGAUGACGGAGGACGAGUCGUAGACUUUCGAGCCAUGCAAAUGAAUGAUGAUCACUAUGUGUCGCUAUGAUGGAAUGAAUGAUCGAAUGGGACGAAUGAUCGAAUGAGAUGAGAUGAGAAUGAACAAAAUGGCAAUACACAAAGGCAAGCUAUUAUCUUCGUGUCGUAUACAGUGCAGUGCCUGUGUAAGGUUCGAUCUUUGCAUUGAAUGGAAAGAGCAACUCUACACCGUCACUGGAUCCAGAAAGUCAACGAACGAACGAGGCUAAAAAGUUUUCAUAACAGCGCAAAUUACAUUUAUCACUACUAUAGAUAGAUAGUAGUCUCGUCGUGCAGGUACCGUAGCUAGCCAUAGCCACACCGUUCUUUCUCCCAUAUACCUGGUAUUGAUCGAUUGUUGUCGACCAUUACUUCAUAAUGACGGCAGAAACGGGAAACGGAUCUCGUUUGGACAGUACGAGUACUCGUUUGGCAUGCGAUAGAUAUCCUCGAAUGUACCCUCGAAAGAUGAGAUUAGCGAGAAUACAUUCGACUUCAUCUAGAUCAAUGGGCAUUCCAAGCCACUUGAGUGACUUUGCGACAGUAUUGAGUGGAAUCUGAUGUCGUUCGGUAAUGACAUGAAUGCGUUUGAAAAGGUUUCGAUAACAGACCGUCUUGCAUUUUUCCAACAACAAGUACGUGCCGCGGCUAUACGUUAAAAAUGGAAAUGAAAAUAGAAACAGAAAUAGAAACGACAAAGGGUAAGUGUAGUUAGUUGCUGG